AUAAUACUGUUACCGUGCAGUUGGUAACUGGCCACGUCCUAGGUUGUAUCUGUAGCCGGUGAUCCUCCUUGGUGACCCUCCUUCACCUCGUAACCUUUGUUAUUUGACCUCUUGAGUGACCCUUCUUCCUGCGAGUCUAAACAUGGCCCAGGCACCUGCCAAAAGGAUGAAGCCCAGCAAUUCGACGCGGGACGAAGAAUUUUUCCCUGGCGUCUCCCAAAUUCAGUAUAAACCAGAUGCCGGCCCGGACGAGACCUUGGUCUUCCGCCAUUACAACCCCCAGCAAGAGAUCCUGGGACGCACCAUGGAGGAUUGGCUUCGGUUUUCGGUUUGCUAUUGGCACACCUUCCGAGGCGUAGGAAGCGACCCCUUCGGGACAGCCACCAUCAAGAGACCCUGGGAGAACGGGACUGACUCUGUGGACACUGCCAAGAGGCGCAUGAGAGCCGCCUUUGAAUUCUACACGAAGUUAGGCGUCAAAUACUGGUCGUUCCAUGACCGUGAUAUUGCACCGGAGGGAGCAACCUUAGCAGAGACCAACGCCAACCUGGAUCAACUCGUCGAACUGGCUGCAGAACUUCAGAAAAAGACUGGGGUCAAGCUGCUCUGGGCCACCUGCAACCUGUUUAAUCACCCAAGAUACAUGCACGGAGCUGCAACAAGUUGCGAUGCCUACGUCACAGCUUACGCAGGGGCACAGGUCAAAAAGGGUUUAGAGGUCGCCCACAGAUUAGGAGCCGAGAACUUCGUCUUCUGGGGAGGGCGAGAGGGUUACAAUUCGUUGCUCAACACUGAUAUCAAGGCGGAGCUCGACCAUAUGGCUGCGUUCUUCAGGAUGGCAGUUGCCUACAAAGAAAAAAUUGGAUUCAAAGGACAGUUCUUGAUAGAGCCCAAGCCAAAGGAACCCACCCGCCACCAGUACGAUUAUGACUCCCAGACAGUAAUGGCUUUCCUUCACCAGCAUGGCCUGACGCAGUAUUUCAAAAUCAACGUGGAACCUAAUCACACGACCUUGGCAGGACACCCGUAUGAGCAUGACGUGGUGUUUGCAUCUGCGUAUGGGAUGCUUGGCAGUAUAGAUGCAAACACAGGAUCCCCCGAUCUAGGUUGGGACACUGACCAGUUCCCAAUGGACAUUCGCAACUGUACAGUCAUCAUGAAAACUGUCAUUGAACAGGGAGGACUGGCACCAGGCGGUCUAAACUUUGAUGCCAAAGUUCGUAGAGAAUCGACAGAGCUUCAAGACAUGUUUAUUGCUCACGCAGCUGCGAUGGAUACCUUUGCCCGUGGCCUGAAAAAUGCCGCCAAAAUAGUUUCGGAAGGAGUCAUGCGGAAGUCUUUAUUGACACGCUAUGUAUCCUGGAAUUCAGGAAUGGGCGCCCGGAUUGCAGCAGGUGAAGCCACUCUCGAAGAAUGUGAAAAACUAGUUCACGACCAUGGUGAGCCAAAGAGUACAUCGGCUCACCAAGAACAUUUUGAGGCCAUGCUUAACCAUUACAUUUAAGGGAAUUUUCUUCCUAAAAUGCUGUUCUACUGCCAUUGUUGAGUCCAGAAAAGUACAGGUUACAUCAACCAUUUUAAUAAAUAAUCUGGACAUGC